UUGUAGCUGCAGUUAGAAUUAAGCUCAUGUUCCUAAUGACCUUUCUUCACCUUGAGGAAGCAAAAAAAGAAAACAACAGAAAACUGAAUUCAGCCCUCUUUCUUCCUUGUCUUCGAACAGUAAGGAAGGUUCAGCAUCACGCAGAAUGAGCUUGAUGGCGCUGUGACGUUUCAGGCAUGCAAGCUUAUCUUUUCAAUUACCGUCUUUGUAAGUAGAGGAGAAAGGACAUAAGCAACCGAAGUAUUUUAAGCAAUUCCAGCCCAACCUGCCACUCUUCAUGCUGGUAACUCCUCAGCGUCAUAGCUUAAGCUGGUUUUUCUGGUUUCCAGCCAGGUCGUGAUAGCUGAAGGAAUAGUUUUAUAUGUAGUUAUCUAUAAAUAACUUAUUUCAUUUCUGGAGUAUAAUAUGAAGAAGGAAAUUGUCCCAAAGCAUGGUAAAAGCUGAGCUCAGCUAAUCUGAAUGCAUUUUGGAAUGUAACUUUGUUCUUUUGUGGAAGAAGAAAAGGACAUCAGAUUUUGAGACGCGUGGUGGUACAACUGUACUCUAAGGGUACCUUGAAACUGGCAUGUGCAGCUGAGAUUGAAGACUACCUCCAAUUUCUGGAUUUCCUUUUGAUCUCUGCUUCUUUAGUAUGGGUUAAUGCAUUCAAUCAUGGUGAUCACCAAGCUGAAAUUGGAGCUGUGCUUCCGGGGGAAGAAACUAAGAGGUUUUACCUGUAAGUUUCUCAGAUCACCCGGUGGAUUCCUUCCAGAAACAUGCUUCUCCAUUGCAUCACAAGUCUUCGGGCCAUAUAUCUUGGGAGGUUUAGGCCUGGUAGCUGCCGGUGUGGUGAUGGAUAUUGUUCAUCACUGGAAAGUAUUUAUGACAAUCACAGAAAUAUUUAUUCUGAUUCCAGCCCUGGUUGGUUUGAAAGGCAACCUUGAAAUGACCUUGGCGUCUAGACUUUCUACAGCUGCUAAUACUGGCCGGAUGGAUAAUACACAGGAAAAAUGGAAAAUGGUUAUCUGCAAUUUGGCCUUGAUUCAGGUACAGGCCACCGUGGUAGGUCUUCUGGCAGCUGUGGCAGCAGUCCUUCUAGGCGCACUCUCUAAGGGGCAUUUGGAGCUGAACCAAGCAGCUGUGCUGUGUGCCAGCAGCCUGACAACAGCAUUCGUAGCUGCCCUCUUCCUUGGUCUGGUGAUGAUUGGUGUGAUCAUUGGAGCAAGAAAGGUUGGGAUAAACCCAGAUAAUGUUGCCACCCCCAUAGCUGCAAGCCUUGGAGAUUUGAUUACUCUUUCACUGCUGGCUGGAAUUAGCAGUACUCUCUUCAGAUACAUAGAUGUAAGAUACCUAUCACCCAUGAUCUGUGCAAUUUUCAUUGUUUUGAUUCCUUUGUGGAUUGCUAUUGCUCGGCAGAGUCCACCCAUUGCUGAAGUAUUGAAGGCUGGAUGGCAGCCAGUCAUAAUUGCUAUGGCCAUCAGCAGUCUUGGCGGACUAAUUUUGGACAAAACUAUAACAAACCCAAACUUUGAAGGGAUUGCUGUUUUCACUCCAGUGAUUAAUGGUGUUGGUGGCAAUUUGGUGGCUAUCCAAGCCAGUCGCAUCUCCACAUUUCUGCACUUCUGGAGCAUGCCUGGAGUCCUGCCACACAAAAUGAGGCAGCAUUGGCCUAAUCCAUGUACCACCUUCUUCACUUCAGGCAUUAACUCCAAAUCAGCUCGUGUCCUGAUCUUGCUAGUGAUCCCAGGACACCUGGUGUUCCUCUAUACUAUUCAUCUCCUUCAGGGAGGCCACAUGGCACUCACUUUCACUUUUGUGGCAUUUUAUCUGAUAGCUGCUCUCCUGCAGGUGGGAAUUCUGCUCUACAUGGCUGACAUCAUGGUGCGACUAAUGUGGAGAAAGGGUCUGGAUCCUGACAAUUAUUCCAUCCCCUACCUCACUGCUAUGGGAGAUCUCCUGGGCACUGGCUUCCUGGCUCUUUGCUUCUACUUGCUUUGGUUGCUCAAUGGGUUGAAGCCAAAACUAGGGAACUAAAGUCUUUUUGCUGUAGUGUCAACCUGCCUGCCAGUCUCACAAUGGUUCAACAGGGUACUGAAAAGAAGGCAUCCAGGUCCCUAAGCUGGAAUGGGUUGGCUAUCUCCUCCCUUUUGAUCUCAGCAUUGCAUAGCUGGAAGUUGGAAAGAGCCACCAAUGACGUAGCAUAAUCAUGUGUCACAGCUUUUGAAGUGUCAGCAAGGAAAGGACUGUGAAGCUCUCUGAUCAGUUUUUCAGUUGGUAAAGGAGUGUUAUUACAACCACCUGGUUUGAACAGUCUGUUGAUGCUACCAGGAAGCUAAACCCUGCUCUCAGUGGGACUGAGCUUGUGUCCCUGAUGAGAUGCCACAUUGCCUCCACUAGGCUUCAAAGAAGGCAUUUUGCUUUCUGUCUGCUAUAUGUUCCCACAGAGAAAGAGAGGAAGAAAAUGAGAGAGAAUUAUGUCCAGGACUGUUCCCACUCGACCCCUAAACAUAAAGAGGGAAACAAAGCCUUACAGUCAAAUAGCUCAAAUUCUGCUUCAUAACACCUCAUACAUAACGGUAACCAACUCAGUGAACUAUUGCUUUGCAUUACAUUUUUUUAGUCUGUAUGCUAAUAUUCAGUUUGGGGAUGGGGUACCUGUGUGUGUGUGUGAGUACACAUGUACACGUGUGGAUUUUCUUUGCAGAAUUGAGCUUAUAUUUUGACAGAGGAAUAUAAUUGGGGGAAAAACUAAAUACUGAAACUGUUCAUGACCUGAUUAUAUGUAGGUAUGAAAUCAAAAAAUGUGUUUUGGACAGAAAAGUUGUAGAGGAAAGCAAGAGUCAGUGAUGGAAGGGCAACAAGCUUCUGUUCUUUCCCAUCCCACUAUGCUACCAUUCCGGCCAAAGCUUCUUGCAAAGUAUGCACGCUAGUACAGGAAGAUCUGAAAAUAAUAACCAGGUUAAAUUUAAAAGCCGAAUUUUGAAGACUCCCCUAGAGGUAGGCAGACGAAGUUGCUGGAUGAAGUUUGGCGUCCGUAGUAGCUGUGUGCUGGGAAGAAGAGGCCUUAAUGAGUCCUGUGUAAGGGACAAACCUUUCUGUGAUCUCUUAGCUGUUUCAAAGGCAGGGAAGUCAACUCAUUUAGCUCUGGUAUAGAGCUCAAUGACAACUGAGCUUUUACUCAAAGGAACUUUUACAAGAGAAAAAUGAGGGUUGAAUUUCCCUGUGCCUCCAGCACUAGUGUCAGGCUUGAUCAAAUUUCCCUCUUUUUUUUUCUCCCCCUUUUUUGUUUUAUUUUACAUGUUCAAGUCAGAUUAUUGUUUUUAUGGGUCAUAGAAAUGUAUACAUACAAAAUAAAAUAUAAAUAAUUAUA